AUGGUUCGAAAAUAUAAAUCGUCAUCUCAAAGAUGGCCUCUGCAAGUCUUUUUCAAUAUCCUUGAUUUGGCUGGGAUCAAUUCGUGGAUAUUAUAUAAAGAAACCACUGGUGAAAAUAUAUCUAGGAAGGAUUAUUUGUUCCAGUUAGCAGAAGAACUUGCUGCUAAUUACACAGGUUCAUCUGAAUCAGAAAAUUUGAAUGAGCUGUGUUGGUGGAUACAGUUGAUAGUUCCGGAACAAGAAAAAAAUGCCAAAUAG